AUGUCCAAGCCUGAGCUUUUGGAUGUUGGCAGCUGUUUGAGUAGUACAGGGCUUGAAGAUCGCGACAAGCUGGACCGUAUCUUGUCAAGCUCCCCCAUCUCGUCGCAAUUGUCUAAUUCACCACCUCAGCCCACCAGCCCACAUACAGCUGCAGCUGCAGCCUGGGCUAGGAGCACGGUCGUCACAUCUCCAGCACAAGGGCCCCAAUCGACACCAUCCCCACAGCGGAAGGGAGCAAACGACUCGACGUCGCUGUCUCAACUCCAUCAUCGGCUGCGCCCGUUGGCUGCGCCGCCUCAAGAAGCAACCACCAACGACACCACGGCGGACGGCGGCGUCAUUGUUAAACAAGACCAAUUUGACACCAACAGAUAUACGACAGCGCCCGGCUGGUCUUGCUCGUCUGAACUAGUUCCCGUACAGUUGCCGCCGUCGUUGGAUUCCAGCGCUACCGGUAAUUCUUCUCCAGAUCUCCAACUGUCACCGCACGCGCAUCUCGCCAGACUAAAUUGCGACGGAAACCACCCUGGCGCAACCCGCACAAGACUUGACUCCAGAUCGACCAGCUUAAACGUCGCCCUGGCCCCUGCGCGCAACGCAGGCGAGCAAAACAACAAACCGGACUUUGCGCCGUUGUCGCCUGACAUCACGGGCGCUAGGCUGGAGCCUUUGGGCAAAGACGCCCGUGAAAACGGCCUUGUAUUGGAGGGGGCCGCAGCCGUGGCACCCAACGGCCGCGACAGGCCCGAGGAGGAGCCGGAGCGGAGCGAGGGUGAUGGUCAAGAGGCAACAAUUGACUUUGCCGACGCGACCUGGGACGAAGACGGAGACGACCACUUCACUCUGGUUACGCCUCAAUCCAUAGAGCUCACACCAGCAAAGGGCCAAGUGCGCAUUGUUACGCCCCGGCGCGGGUCGGCCAACGCGAUGAUUUUUGGUCACAAGCAACAGGGUCAGCAAGACCAGCAGCAUCAGCAGCAGGGUCAGCAGCAGCAAUAUUUUCUACCGCAGCAAAACCAGCAACAACAACGACAACAGAAUCAUCAGCAAUAUGGCCAGCCGCAACAGUUCCUCCCUCAGGCGCAGGGCCAGUUUGUUCAGCUUACUCCCCAGCAACAGCAGAUGCUUCAGCAGCAAUUUCUUCAGCAACAAUAUCAGCUCCAACAGCUGCAAAUGCAGCAGCAGCAGCAGCAACAGCAGCAACAGCAACAACAACAGCCGCCACAGCAAAAUCUCCAUCAAUACCAGAAUCAACAGUUUCAACUUCAACCACAACAAGCAUAUCAGCAAGAGUCCCCUGAAAAUGUCGGUCGUCAAUCGUCGUUUGUAGGGUUGCCCCUGAUUCGUCGCACUUCCACAUUUAGCAAGUCGCUCAGUAAAUCAUCCGACGAUUUCAAGGGUAUUGCUGGUGGCAGCCCCGAUCCCAGCCCUGACCCCGGUGCCCGGUCGGAUCAGGAGCUGUUCUCGCAAAUACCCAUCCCGCCGAUCCCUCAGGACCCUGAGCCCGGUACUAGCACACAACUUAGUUAUACACAGACGCCCAUCCACAUGAGCAAGCCCGUUUUCCCGUUUACACCUGUCGCUCCUUCCGGUAACUUUGAGGUCAAGUCGCCCGUCGGCCAACCAGGACGGUAUGUAGAGCAUGGGUGGCAGGUGGACAGCCCUGUCGAAGCGAAGGCGCAACCCGGCAAGUCUUUUGGCAGACUUCUACAACAGCAACCCAAAUCUCAGCCCGCUCCCCAACCCCAUACCCAGAAGGUUACCGCUGAGAGUACGAAUGUCAACGACUACAAUGCAAACAAGCAUACAUCUCCGCCCGUCCGGAACCAGACGGGAUUUAGCCCACCGAUUCCCGCCGGCAAUGGAAAACACUUGCAUACGCCUCCCACAGCAGGGUCCGGGUGGACGCUCCAAGAAACAAAACCGAUGGAGCCGCUGCGAGCCGUGCGCCCCCGCCAAUCUCAGCUCAACAUGGGUGACCAGUAUGCCCUCGACAAGGAGACGGGCGCAUCGAGUAGGGUAUCUUCGUCACCACCAAGCUCUCCAGAAUAUCGUCGUGACGACGAAAAGGACUCUCCGGCUGGCUCUAUGGGCACUCCAGGAAGGAAAGCAAACAAAAUCCAGACUGGCCACCCGGCCGCGGGACUGGGUGUCAGCCAGCAGCAGCAGCAGCAGCAGCAGCAGCGCUUCGAUGAGAUGUCCCCACUUGAGCCUCCAAAACCGAUAUUCGACCCCAAUGGCAUCACGCGGACGCAGACGAACGAGUCGGUGGAGUCAAACGGGAGCUUAUUGGGAAAGCUUCGAAGCAGAUUCAACCAUGAAAAGGCAAUGACGAUGUCGGCGAAUGCAGCGCCUGGCAAUACUCCCUCCGCAGGACGGCUGAGCGUAGACCAGAAUAGGAGGAAUCCGGAUAACGUAUCCCUUGCUCCUAGCUACGACGGAAUGCCCGGUAAGAAGAAGAACCGUGGCUCGUGGCUGGCAUUGCGGGGCGACAAGAAAGCUGGAGAGCAGAUCGAGGCUGAUGGAGAAGCUCCGGGGGAGCAACUCGUGUCCUCACCCGUGAAGUCAACAACGUUUGGGCGCAAUGGCAACGGCCUGCAGUCGGCGCAAGCACCGCAGACGGGCCCGCAGCAGCCUGGAGGACCAAAUGCUGCCGUCCCUGGGAGGCCAUCGAUGUCAGAUGCACGCCCCAACGGAAUGGCAGCUGCAGCUUCUCAGGGAGGUGCUCCACAGCCCAGCCAGAAGCAAAGCCUAUCAAACAAACUGUCUGGCCUCCUCAACACUAUCACGGAUUCCAAACCUCCAAGGCAGCCACAGCAGCAGCCUCCCAGCUCGUCGCAUGGCCUCAACCCAGUCAUGGAGGAACAGUCCGGGAACCAGAACCAAUUUGGACAAGGCUUGCGUCCUGUGACUGCCGGCGCACCAUUGAGCAGUGGUCAACAGCAGUCCAACAUGACGGCUCUCGGCUCCGGGCCGCCCGGCCAGCCACCCCCAGGGGCAGCUGCCCUGACUGGACUGUCUAACAAGCAAGAGUCUGCGAAGGCUGACCAGCAACCUGGCGCCCAACCCCGUAUUGGCCUCAGUGCACAUCCCGCACUGAUUGGGACACAGGGGCCUGCGACCAGAAAACGCAGCGACACCGCGAACUCGAGACCUUUCACAUCUGCAUCCAACAUGCCAGCGCAGCAGUCCUCGGAUGUUGAGUCCAUGAACCUUGGGCCGCCUCCUAGAACAAAAACAGGCGCGCCAUCCAUCGCAGAAUCCGAGCGUAGUGCCAAGAGAGUUUCUAGCACCUCGGCUUUCCUGAGCGGUCUAUUUGGCAUCAAGGCUGGCAAAGGCAAGGAAUCAAAGUCGCAGGCUGAUCAAAGUCAGAUGACUCCUCUCAGUCAGACAGGUAUGGGUGGUUCGGCUCCCCCCAACGGGCCUCAGCCAGGCCAACCAGUUCCCAUCCAGCUUGGCCGUGGCAUGCCGGUCCCAGGCCAGCCAUUCCUGAUUCAGCAACAGCCGGGGCAGCCCCCUAUGGUGGUGCAACCUGGCCCUCCCGGGGCACCGCAACCGCAGCACACCCAGCGCAUGGUCCUAGUCCCUGGCCCGGACGGUCGAUUGGUAAUGAUGCCUAUACCUCCGGGCAUGGAGAUACAGAUGCGGCCACGUCCCGGCAUGCCUGGUCAGCCACCGUCUAUGACCCUGGUUCCCACACUACAACCGCAGCAACAGGCUCAAACAGGAGUCCCGGGCUCUUCACCCCCGGUUCCGCAAGGCCCACCAGGGCAGACUACUACUCACUGGCCGCUUGGUAGUAAUGGCUCGCCACAGCCUAAUCAAAACCAGCAGGCAUCCGCCAACGUGACCCCGGCCCAUUCUCCUCCCAUGGCCGGGGCUAACGGUUCGCAGUGGCUGGCGUCCGGUGCUCAGGGUCAAGCUGCACCUGGCUCGCUGGCAGGCAACGCUCAAUUACAACAGCAGUUCCAGCCUGCCCAGCAGAUUCUAAUUCGUGGUCAGUCGCCUGAUCAUCGCACGCUACCAUCCCAGAUGCUGCCUCCCGGAGGCUCAGUUGACCAAUCGGCAGGACUGAAUCAACCCUUUGCAAAUGUGGCCGCAUCCCAGCACCCGGAACACAAGCCCCUGGGAUCGCCACCGCUCGGCCAGAGUCAAAACAACCUUGGAAGCACGGAGCGCGCGGGAACACCGCCUAGGUCUAAGCACGACCGUCGUCGAUCGUCGGUAUCCUCAGCACAGCACAGUCCCCAGCUGGUUCCCCAUGCCUCGCCGCAUGUCAGGCGUGUCUCUACGCCGUCUGCGUCGCUGGGACAGCACGGAAGUCCUGCUUUCCAGCCAGCAGGCGUUUCUAUGCCGCCUGGAACGACUGCUGUACCCGGGACACAAAGCUCGCAGGCUCCGGCGAGGACGACGACAUCGCCGCUUCCUAGUCCGGGACUCGCCGACCAGGCACAAAACCCUUCUACGUCUCCCCAUACCAGCCCUGGUCUUGUAAGCCAAAUGGGUCAACUCAACUUGGGCCAAGGUCCGUCUGAGGGAAUGCAGGGCCAACAACAGAAGCCCCAGGCCUUGCCAGAAGAAUCACCGGCGAUACCAUGGCAGACCUACAACAACCAGGCACCGGCCCAGGGAGGGCGCCGGCCUUCAAAUACCUCGGGUGCACCGACGGAGCAUCAGAGCAGCGCAUCGAGAUUCUUCAACAAGCUCGCUGCGCCUCUUGCCAACGUGGGCUCGGGUGGGCCCCAGCAGCGGCAGGAACAAAAAGUCGACAAGAAGGCAGAUAAAAAGACGGAGAAGAAGAAGAGCGGCCUAGGGUUAUUCAACAUGAAGUCAUUGAAGCACGAGGAGCCGGUACCUGCCGAGGCACAGCCGGUGAGGCUUGGGCCGCCGCCUGGUGGCCCCCAGUAUGGCGAUAAAGGCCCACCGACCAUGUACGGACAGCCCAUCAACGGCCUGAACAGCGCGGCUCAGCACCAGCAGCAGCCGUCGUCGCAAGGUGCUCAACAGUCUCCUCCUGUUGGCGCUCCUGCCAACCAAAACCAGAUGAACCAGCAACCUACAGCUCAAGGUCAGCAGCAAGAACAAUUACAGGUCCCAGAGGACGCCCAAGCUCAGGGUGGCAUGCGUAUGGGUCAACACUCGCAGCUGCAGCCAGGCGUCCCGACCUCGCAGGCCCAGAUUUCUGGUAUCCCCAACACUGCUGCUGGCUUUGCCCAGUCACCACCACUACCGGGGGCUCCAUUCUACUCUCCUGGAGCUGUACCUGAGCCGCUGUUCAAGUCCAAUCGUAAAUUGGUGCAGGCGCAACAAGACGCUUCUUCCAAUCAGCACAAGCAGGGCUCCGCGAGCCAGCCGCAAAACAAUGAGCCCAUUUACGCACCCGUUGGGAUCCCUGCUGGAUACGCGACUGUUCGCAGCGAAGGCAGAAUGUUGCAGCACAGUGGCUCGCCGUACCUUGUCUCUCAUGGCUCGUCUCCUAACCAGUAUGUCGGUCAUCCAGCUUUCCAAAGCCCUCAACACACGCCACCUCAGCAGCAACAGCAACAGUGGAGUAGCUCAUCGACUCCGCCGCUUGGGCAACAGCAGCAGCAGCAGCAGCAGCAGCAGCAACAACAAGCUCAGCCUCAGCAGUAUCAACAACCUGGUAAUUACCAGAUGGUUAUGCAGAGUAUGCAGGGCCAAGGCUUCAACACGACCCAGGGCCCUAGGUAUAUGGGCAUGCAGAGUCACGAGCAACAGUUUGUAAACCAACAACAACUGCAACAGCUGGCGCAACAGCAGAUGCAACAGGAGCAGGGACAGCAGCCCCAGUAUCCACUGCAAGUGAGCUCUGCAUUUAACCAGGGAAUCGGGCAGCCUCAGCAGUUGACCAUGCAACAACCGCAGCCACAACACUUCAAUGUUCAGCAAGGCGUCCCUGGCCAGCAGGGCCAGCAGCAAUACCUCGGCCAGACCACCACCCCACCAACAUCGGGAGGAAACUUCAUAACCAUGGGCGGUUUUGUCGGGUCGACACCGCCAACUCAAGGGGGACAAUUCAGUCCGCCUCAACCUGGGUCUCAACAAGGCUCCCAGCAUGGCUCGCCUGCUCCGGGCUCAGCGGCUUUCAACGCGCCCCAGCAGCAACACAUGCAGCAGCAGCAGCAACAGCAUCAAUACCCGCAGCAGCAUAGCCACACGCCGAGUCCAUCACCCAGCCCGGCACCCAACGUGGUAUACCCAGGCGCUGUGCAAGCUGUUGGUCAGCCUGGGUCUGGGCGGCCGACUCCUACUCAAUCACCAGAUCCGGCUCAACCCCAGACCACUUCGCCACCUUUGCCGCACAUAAUGCAUCCUGGAUCUCCUCACAGCUACCCGCUGCCUGAGUCGGCCCGUGCCACGACCUUCUCGCCCGUCAAUCCUGCAGCUAGGGCUAUGCCCAACCCACCUCUGCCCCAGCAAGGCCCCAUGGGAACGAUACCAGAAGGGACUGCCCAGCAACAGCAGCAGCUACAUCACCAGCAGUCGAUGCAGCAUCUCAACGACGCUGAUCUCCAGCGUCAAAACAGCAUGAUCAGCCAGGUGUCGUCGGUUCACCCGGCUGGUGGUUUUGCGUCCACCAACGAAGUAUCCCGCAUGACAAGUGGCGCAGGAAGCAGUGGAGGCGGUGGUCAGACGGCGGGGCCAGUCAUUUCUUCGGCCGAGACAUCGCCCAUUCCAGAGCAGCACGCUAAAAUGGCCAACAUCAACUCACAGCAGGCCAACCAGCGCUACGCGCAGGGCCAAGUUGAAAACAUUUACGAUACUUCACCGCGUAUGCAGCCCAACACCCAUUCCUCUCGCCCGCCCAUGGUAAAGGCUGGGCCCACGGCGUCUCAGGCAGCCUCACCGCCGCCGCACGUGGUAUAUUCACCACCUGCAUCACAGGCUGCCUCUCCACCACCGCACGUUGUAUACUCACCGCCCGUGUCGCAAUCCGCCUCCCCGCCGAUUCCUCAGCCUGUUGGUCCGCCGGUGCGUUCCACCGAUCUGCAGGCACAACAGCAGGAUCAGCUGCGGGCGCAGAACGCCUCGCCACCUUCGCAGAGCAGCAGCGCCACGGUGAUACAGCCACAGUCGUCCGAGCCGCCUUCGCCUACAGACGAGGAGAUUAGAAAAGUCGGAGGGACGACGACCGGUCACCUGACGGUCAAUGGUGGCUCCGACAACAACGGGGUUGGUGGGAGCAAGGGUGAGCUGGGACGCAAGGCGACGAUCCGGGCGACAUCGGCGGAGCAGUACGAAGAGGCAAAGCGAAAGAUGCUUCUUCGGGACCUGGAGGAGAAGAUCCCCGUCUUCAUCCAGGAGGACCCGCCACCAAUCAAGAAGGAGGAAGAGACCACGGUGCCCAAGAUGAGCGCCACCAGCUAUCCGGGCCAAGAGUGGAAUCCAUAUGGCGACGGGUUUGAGACAUGGGAGGAUUAA